UGCUGGGAUUGGGAUCGUCCAUUAAUUUUAGUGUGUAAUAAAUUUGGCGGGUAAUGUUUGGUGGUUCUUUGUUUUUGUUUGGUAAAUUAAAGUUGUAAGACAGCAUUGUUCAUUUUGUGAAAAAAUAAACUGCUAACAUUUGAAAUCAAUAUGGCAAAAGAUAUUGGAGUAAAGCCUAAAAGAAUUACUCAUUUGGGAAGUUCAUCAAAUACAAAUAGUAGUGUGGAUUAUAUUCAAGAUAUAAUGAAUGAGAUGGACUCUAUGAAACAUUUUAGUCAACAUGUUCAUUAUGAAAAUGUUUUGAAGUCACUUAAAAGGAAACCUGAAAUCUUGCCACAAGUUCUUGAGAAUCCCCCAGAGUUUAAUAUUCAUGGAACUAAACUUAACAAGACUGGCACCAGUAAUAAAUAUCAUCCACUCAUGGCAAAAUGUCAAAAGAACCUAAAAUAUUUACGACACAAUCGAUCCCUCCCAAAACCCAGAGCACAUAUCCGAAAGUUAUCAAAAUCUCCUUUGAAAAAACCUCGAAAUCAGUUUGCUUUACAUUUGAACACUCAUGAUACAUCCUUUCAUACAAGUGAGAAAAUGAAACAAAAAAAGACAUUGGAAGCUUUAAAACAAAAGCUUUCCUAGAUCCAAAAGCGAUUUCAUGAAUUGUGAUGUGCCCUUGCAUGCAAGCGAGAAAAUUAAACAAGAAAAGACCUUGGAUGCUUACAAGAAAAGCUUUCCUAAAGCUGGAAAUUUUGUUAACCACAAAAUGUCAUUGGGUACAAGUGAAAAAAUAAAACAAAAGACCCCAGAUGCUUUCAAAAAGGGCUUUCCUAAACCUCAAAGUAAUUUUGUGAAUCAUGACAGGCCCUUACGUACAAGUGAGAAAAUUAAACGAAUUAGCCCAGAGAGCUUCAAAAGAAGUUACCCAAAACCGGAAAGUGAUUUUGUGAAAUCAUGUCAGCCUGUCAAAAAAAUCUUUAAAAAUAAUACUUUUGAAAAUUCAAGCAGUGAUUCCAAACAGUCUGCUUUGGUUUCUAAGAAAAUAAAAGUAAAAAAUAAGGACGAAAGAAAAUCAUGCAGCAUCUCUUCUGAUAGUGGUAUAUUACCAAAGGAUAAUGAGGCAAGUACUGCUCAACUCUCAGAGGAAGAUACAGACAAUGACUUUGAAUGUUUUGUUAAAAAACAUAAACCAAGACAUUCAUCACAAACUAAAAAAUCUCAAAAGAAAAACAAAAAAUCCCAACUAUCUUCAGAUGAAGAGGAUGAAACUGAAAAAACCGAAAAGUGUAAGAAAAAAAAACUGCACAAAAGUAAAUCUUCAAAGGAUGAAAAGACUAUAAAAACAAUUGAUAAGCAAGAAAGCCGAAAGACGAGAUCCAAUUCAUAUCGUAUCUUAGAACCAAAGGAGUCGUCCUCAGAUGAACAAAUCGAUGACAAGGCAAGUAAAGUGAAAUGGAAGAAAAGGAAAACUCAAGAAUUGUCACAAAGUAUAACUGUGACUGAGAAAGUUAAACAUCGCGAAAAAAGUACAAGGUCAAAGUUGAAAUAUGUGAUAGAAUCAAGUGAAUCCGAAUCGGUAGACAUGUAUUCUAACAAUGUCUGCAGUGACACUAGUGAUGACUGUGCAGAAUCAACACCAAAGCUGCUUCCUGAAAUAAAUAGUGAAAAAAAUACUAAUGAAAGUGCUGAAUUUAAUAAGGAAGCUGUUUCUCGUGAUGUAUGUAAAGAAAUUUGUGCUUCUGAUUUAAUACACGAAAAGGAUAUCAUUCGUGAAGGAAGUGUAAACAAAAGAUCAAAUCUCAAAACAUCUGUACACUCCGAAAAUUUUCUCUCUCUUUCUGUACCUACUGGAAAAGAACUUGGUGAUAAUGAGUUGGUAAGUGAAAAGAAUAUUAUUCCUAAAAGAAAUGUAAAUCAAGAAUCAAAUCAGAAAACUUUUGUGAACUCUGAAAAUGGUCUCUCUCUUUCUGUACAUAAUGGAAAAGAACUUAGUACUUCUAAUGACUUGGUAAAUGAAAAGAAUAUUUCUCUUCAAGUUAGUGAAAACAAAAAAUCAAAUCUGAAAGCAUCUACGUACUCUGAAAAUGUUCUCACUCUUUCUUCCCGUUGCUCGGUCUUAAUAGAACAGAAUAAUGAUAUUGAUAAGAAAGCAAAAAUUUCGAGUUCUAAAGAUUGUAAAAAUGCUACAAAGAAUGACAUUAACACCUUGCCUGUUGUAACUAAUGAAAUUAUAAUAGACUUAUCUGAUGAGGAGAAAUGUGCUUGUCCAAUUCAAAGUGAUUCUGUGCACAAUAUCGAAAGUUCUCAAUGUUUGUUAGAAUCUAAUAAACAAUUGCCAAAUUUGAAUCCUUGUGCCCAAGUUCAAGCAGAAGAUGCAGGCAAAGAACUUGCUUCCUUAGAUUUUACAAAUUGCGCAGAAAGCAAAAGAACUAAUGAAAAUGAAGACUCUGAUGUGGAAAUUGUUGAAAUUGAUGCUCCUAAACCUACUUUCAGCAAGGUGAACCACAAUGGUGAUUUGGCAACUAAGAGUUCUAGCAUUUCUCAAGAAAAAACAUUGGAUACUGAUGCCAGUGUUGUGAAGCAACUUAAUGAAAAUAUGUCAUUAAAAGUAUCUGCAGAGCAGGUAAAUACAGAAUGUGGAACAAGAGUUUCAUUUAAUGAACCAAAAACUGCCCCUCUUGAAGAAAAGAAAUUACAGGUUAUUGGAGCGAAAUUGCCAGGGGAAGGUACAAGCUUUAGUGUUACAGUUGAUAGCAAUGAUGAUAUAACAAUCCUUGAAACAAGCAGUGCUGAACGUAAAGAAAAUCUUUUUAAGGGCAGUGAUUAUGCUAAAUCUAAGCCUUUAGAAUAUGGAGAAAAUAAAUCAAUAACUGAGAAUUGUAUAACAUUAAGUGAUGAAGAAGAUUGUGAAGAUCUGGAGAAAAUGGGGAGUCAAGAGUUAGUCAAACCAUGUUCUGAAAGUAUUGAUAAAGUUCUCAAUAAAGAAGUUAACAUCUUAGAGAAAACUAUUACAAAUGGAACUGAACUUAAUUCUCUGCCAAGAACCAUUUCAAGUGAUACAACUGGAAUCAUGCCCUCUAAAAGUGAAAAUGUUCCUAUUUCUGAUGAAGAAGAUUGUAUAAUUUUGUUGGAGUCUACGUCUUGUGUUGCUGAGAGUCUGAAGGAAAAAGAAGUUUCUUUGAAAAUUGAUAAUUCAUGUUUCGUUUCCCAAGUUAAGACUCCAAGCACAGAACAAAAUAAUGAAGUAAAGUUGUGUAAUUUUGAUUGUUCCUCAGAAAAUAACGUGUGUAACAGUGUUGCCAAAAAUGUCACUUCAUUGAAUCAAACUUUUCAAAUCCAGUCAAGUGAGAAGUCUUUAAAUAAAGAAACUCUAGAUUUAGAAAAUGAUUGCAUAAUUUUAGAUGAUGCACCUGUUCAAUUAUGUAGUGAAGAAAAAAUAAAAUGCAAUUCUUUACUCAAAGAAGACAUGUCACACAGACUCGUUGACAAUAUUAAGUCAUCAAACUCUAUUGUAGUUUCCCAAAGUGCUAAAGCUUUAAGUUCUGAUAGGUUUUCAAAUUCAAAUCUAAAUGAAUCAAGUCUUGAAAGUGGAGCAAAGCUUUCUGAUACCACAUUGUGUUCUGACAGAAGUAUUCAUAGUUUUAACAAUACAAAUACUGUCGGCGGAGCAUCAAGUAAUAUUGUAGGGCAAAAUGCAAAUAUGUCCUUAAUAAAUGAUAGGGUCAAGUCUGAAAGUAGCUUCUCUAGCCAUCAUAAUGCAUAUUGCAAGCAAAACUUUUCACCAAUUGGUAUUACUGAACAAAAAAUUCAACGUAAUCUUGGAAAUCAAGAAAGUUUAACUGUGGAACGUUCAACCCUAUCUUUUGAAAAAUCAAGCGAGCCAAGUUCAAAUACAAAAAUUCCAUUCGUAAAUGAAAUGGCACAAUGCACAAAUAGACAUGUUGACCCACAAAACAGACUCGGAAUUUCAAGAAAUGCAUCCUCUGACAUAGAUAUAAAACCUUGUGUAUACCCCUCUAAUAUAUUACCAGAGAGUGAUCGACCGAAUAAUUUCAUGAACUGCGAUUUGAAUUCCGAAAAUUCUUCAAAAGAGUUUAGAAAGAAAUUGCAAUGCAAUUACACUCCACAUUCAGAUCCUUUUCAUGAUGAUAUUUCAAUUCUAUUAGGUGAUAAAGAUUUACCCAGUUCUAAUAACUUGAAUAAGAUUAUUUUAGAUUCUUUGAACAAUUUGAAAGCCCCUGAAAAGAAAAGUUUUUUUCAACUUAAUUCUUUAAAUGAACUUGAUGCUUUAGCAGAAUCAAGCAUAUAUGAGCUUAGCUGUACAGAAAAUAAAAGUAUCUUGCCAUUGUUGAAUCUCUAUAAAAAUGAAAUUGGGUAUUAUAAGAAAUUACAGCAAACUGUAAAGAAUGUAGAUAGUGGAAUAAGGACUGCACUUGAGCUGCAAGCUGAACGGUUAAAGCAUCUUGCAUUUUCGAUUCAAAAUAUUGUUCAAAAUGAUCCUUGUUUUAGUAACCCAGUCGGAGAAAAAUGUUAUCUUCCCAUACAACAGAAACAAAUAGAAGAAAAAAGUCUUCAAGAUAAAGAACCUUAUUUUUCAGCAGAAGAAUUUAAGAAAAGUCAUUCUUCCAAAAAUAUUUUAUGUGAUGUUUCUAGUUCGACAUCAUCUGCACAAGGAAAUGAUCCUUGUUUUAGUAAUGCAUUCUUUGAAAAAUGUUACCCUCCUGUGGAACAGAAGCAAAUAAAACAAGAAAAUCUUCAAGAUGAAGUGCCAUAUCUUUCAACAGAAGAUUUAAAGAAAAAUCAUUCUUCCAAAAAUAAUUUAUGUGAUAGUUCUAGUUCGACAGUUCUUGGAAAUGAUCCUUGUUUUAGUAAUUCAUUCUUUGAAAAGUGUUACCCUCCUAUGGAACAGAAACAAAUAAAACAAGAGAGUCUUGAAGAUGAACUGCCAUAUUCUUCUACAGUAGAUUUAAGGACAAGUCAUACUUCAAAAAAUAAUAUAAAUGAAGUUUCUAGUUCAACAUCUUCUGCUUUGGGAAAUGAACCUUGUUUUAGUAAUUCAUUCUUCGAAAAAUGUUACCCUCCUAUGGAACAGAAGCAAAUAAAACAAGAGAGUCUUCAAGAUGAAGUGUCAUAUCCUUCAGCAGAAGAUUUAAGGACAUGUCAUACUUCCAAAAGUAAUUUAAAUGACGUUUCUAUGUGUUCAACAUUAUCUGCUUCAGGAAACUGGAGUGUUAAAGAUGACCGAAUUCCUGUUUCAAACUUUUCCAAUGAAUCUGCUGUUAAUUUGGAUAAUCUUCCGCAGCUUUCCCUUGAAAGUCUACAUGAAAAUAGUUCCAAUUGUAUUGAUAGUUUCGAACCUAGACCCAUAAAAAGUGAACCUAUAGAUGAAACUGGUGAAGAUCAAUAUUUCGAAGAAGAAAUUAAGUAUUCAAAGUCAUCAGCAUUUCAUGCAAGCCAACCAGAAGUUAUACAAGAACUGAGAAAUUCCAAGUGCUGCUUGUGCAAUAAGCCUGCUGUUGGUGCCUGUUAUUUCUGUUGUAGCGUGUUUUACUGCUCUGUAGAAUGCUCGGAGAGUGUUAUUGGGAGAUACCACAGAGAAGUUUGUUCAAAAGAAUAUUCUGAGAAGUGAAAAGAAAUGAAAUCAAAAGCUCCUCCUAUCGUAGUUGCCAAAGAUGUACAUAUCUUGUUUAAAUGUAAAAUGUAUAGAAUUCAUGAUUUUAAUUGUAAAUAAAGUUUACUAGUUGUUUUUGUAUUUUAUAAAAAAAGGAAACAUUAAAGA